AUGCCCGUGUCAUCGCCCUUCCCCAACAUCGACACCCCAGAAUGCAAUAUGCUCUCGUACCUCUUUCCCCCGACACAGUCGGAAGAGGACCAGUCCCUCCCUCUCUGGAUCAACGCCUCAAAUCCCUCCGUCAGAGUCACCGUGGCCGACACCCUAUGCUUGAUCCGACGAUUCGCCGUCGGUCUCUCCCGGCUCGAAAUCCCCAGCCAGCGAGCCGUGAUGGUCCUGUCCCCGAACCACAUCUACGUGCCGGUGAUCUACCUCGCCGCCGCGGGCGCGGGGUGCUUCUUCAGCGGCGCCAAUCCGACGUACACGGUCGACGAAGUGUCGCGGCAGCUGCGGAUGAGUGACGCGGCGGUCAUGCUGGUUCACCCGACCCUGCUGGACUGUGGUGUCAAGGCGGCAGAAGCGGCCGGGUUGUCGCUCAGUCGGGUGUUUCAGUUCUCGGAUGCGGAUUGCGAGGUCUCGAGGCACGGUGUGCGGGAUUGGAAGAGCAUGCUGGCCAGCGAGGAAGAGAGUCGAGAGUGGCGGUGGGAUGCGCUGCGUGGCGAGCAGAGCAGGAGGACUGUGAGCUGUGUGAAUUUCUCGUCUGGCACGACGGGGACGCCCAAGGGGGUGCGCAUCUCGCAUGCAAACGUGGUGGCAAAUGCUUGUCAGGUCAUAUAUGCCAAAACACACAACGCGGAUCAAUCCCCCGUCACCGUCUACCCCGAACGCUGGCUCGCGUUCCUGCCCCUGAACCACGCAUACGCCCAGCUCUUCUCGAUCGUCAUCGUCUGCAAGCUGCGCACGCCCGUGUUCUUGAUGACCCACUUCCGCUUCAACGACUACUUGCGACACAUCCAGACGUACAAGAUCACGACCCUGCAGGUCGUCCCGCCGGUGAUAUCCAUGCUGCACAAAAGACCCGAGGUCACCCGAUUCGAUCUCAGUUCGGUCCAAUAUCUGAUGAGCGCGGCGGCGCCGUUGAGCCGCGAGCUGCAGAACGCGGUCGCCACGCAGUUGAAAGGGGCGGUCAUCGCACAGAGCUGGGGUAUGACCGAGACUACGUGUACGGGAUUAAUGGUCCCAGGCAUAAUUCCCGACGAUACCGGAAGUGUCGGCUCCCUCCUCCCCAACACGCAGGCCAUGUUGGUGGACGAGCAAGGGGAAGAAACAAGUGGAGACGUCGGCGGUGAGCUCUGGAUACGAGGGCCCCAGAUGACUACCGGAUACUGGAGGAAUGAGGAAGCCACGUCACAGACUCUGACCAAGGACGGCUGGCUAAAGACAGGCGACAUCGCAAAGUGCGCAGACGGGAAAUGGUGGAUCGUCGAUCGCAGCAAAGAGUUGAUCAAGGUCAAUGGCUUCCAAGUCGCCCCUGCAGAGCUGGAGGCUGUGCUGUUGGAGCACGAUGCGAUAACAGACGCUGCUGUGGUGGGAGUCGUGCUACACGGAGAGGAAUAUCCCAGGGCGUAUGUGACUCUACACCAGCACGCUUCGAGAAAGGCAGAUCUGGUACAGACGAUCCAAGAGUUCGUGGCGGAGAAGGUGGCAAAGCACAAGGCAUUGAAAGGUGGCGUGAGCAUCGUGGACGCCAUUCCCAGGCUACCAAGUGGGAAGAUCCAGAGGAACGUCGUCAAACAAUGGAGCAAACGAGAUGCCACAGAGCUGGAGAAAACGGUAAGAGCAAGACUGUAG